AUGGGAGUCUCAUCAGUCCGUGUGUGGGUUACCUCCACCCACCCACAUAUACGUGCAAAUAUCUGGCUUAUGUUCUGUCACAUGCUUUUUGGAUCAAAGAAAUUAUUUUGUGAAUGUAUACUUCCUUUGAUUUCUCUUGGAUUGCUCAUCAGUCCAGUAAAGCAUUUAUCAAAGCAGAACCAUCCAAAGGAACAGUUUUGGGCUCUGCUGUUCAGAUGUACCCUAUAUAUUUUUAGUAUCAUAAACUUUAAAAAGGACAGUGUUUGUUUGCCUAAGACUGUGCAGGAAAAUGUGUCCUUAUAG